AGCUAGUUUGUUAUUCUACGAUGACGAUGCGCCGUGUGCUCUCGCUCUUGGUGCUCGUGGCCGUGGCGGCGGCGUGCGUCGAUGCCGGCGUGACGAGCAGCUACCGGAGGAGCCUGCAGAUGCUCCCGGACAUGCCGCUCGACGCCGACGUCUUCCGCGCGCCGCCGGGGUUCAACGCGCCGGAGCAGGUGCACAUCACGCAGGGCGACCUCACGGGCCGCGCGAUGAUCGUGUCGUGGGUGACGCCCAAGCACGCGGGCAGCAACGUCGUGCGCUACGGCCUCUCCGCCGACGACCUCAGCCUCGCCGCCGAGGGCACCGUCCAGCGCUACACCUUCGGAGGCUCGUAUAAGUCCGGCUACAUCCACCACGCCAACCUCACGGGCCUCGACUACGGCACCAGGUACCACUACGCCGUUGGCUUCAGCUACGCCAUCAGGACCUUCUCCUUCAAGACGCCGCCCAAGCCCGGCCUUGACGUGCCAUUCAAGUUCGGCUUGAUCGGUGACCUCGGGCAGACGUUCCACUCGAACGACACGCUGAAGCACUACGAGGCGUCCAACGCCGAUGCGGUGCUCUUCAUCGGCGACCUCUCGUACGCCGAUGACCACCCCGAUCACGACAACACCCGCUGGGACACGUGGGGCCGCUUCACCGAGAGGGUCGUCGCGCACCAGCCAUGGAUCUGGACCACCGGCAACCACGAGAUUGACUACGCGCCGGAGAUCGGCGAGACGGACCCGUUCAAGCCCUUCACCAACCGGUACCCGACGCCAUUCGCGGCGUCCGGCAGCACGCGGCCGUUCUGGUACUCGGUGAAGAUUGCGUCGGCACACGUCAUCGUGCUGGCCUCCUACUCCGCCUACGGCCAGUACACGCCGCAGUGGACGUGGCUGCAGGACGAGCUGAAGCGCGUCAACCGCACCGAGACGCCGUGGCUGGUCGUCUGCGUGCACUCGCCGUGGUACAACAGCAACGACUACCAUUACAUGGAGGGCGAGACGAUGCGCGUGCAGUUCGAGCGCUGGCUCGUCGACGCCAAGGUUGACCUCGUCCUCGCCGGGCACGUCCAUUCGUACGAGCGCAGCCACCGCGUCUCCAACGUCGCCUACGACAUCGCCAACGGCAGGGCUACGCCGGCGUUCAACAGCUCCGCGCCGGUCUACGUCAACAUCGGCGACGGUGGCAACAUCGAGGGCCUCGCCAACCAAUUCCGGUGGCCGCAGCCGGACUACUCGGCGUUCCGGGAGGCGAGCUUCGGGCACGCGACGCUGGAGAUCAAGAACCGCACGCACGCCUAUUACGAGUGGCACCGCAACCACGACGGCGUCAAGGUCGUCGCCGACAAGGCUUGGUUCACCAACCGAUACUGGCUGCCCACCGACACCAACUAG